UUUGAUAGCCCAACACAGUUGGCUCAACCCCUCUGUGUGGGGGUAGAGAGAGAGAGAACGAGGUGUACAGGGUGAAUUCUGCGUGUAGGAAAAGAGAAAGAAACAGAGGGCCCUUUUCUCUAGAUUUACCUGUGGAAGGGAAUGAACAAACAGACGAAAAAGAAGAUAAGGAACAACCUUGCCAUUGAGAAUUGCCUCGAUUAAAUGUGCCUCAAGUUCUGCCCUUGUUCUCCACCUCAAUAACAAGAAUCUCUUUCUCUCUCUCCAUUUUUAAUCUCUGUUCAACGCCACUCUGACAAAAACUCAAGGGAGUUCAGUCUGACUGGAGAGGAAAGAAAUCAUCAUAACUAUCUGCCCUGCAGGAGGAAGACGUAUCUUUAAAGCCCCCACCCCUUCUUCCCCUGCCGUCUCUCCAUUAUGACCUUGCUGGCAUCUGAGAGGUCACUGCUCAUACGCAAUAAGUUUCGCUCAGUUCUGCAGUUGAGAAUACAGAACCGCAGACAGCAGAAUGAACUUAAUGCAGAGUCUGGUACAAAGGCUUCUGUCCCUGAUAAAGUUGGGGAGAAAGAAGCCAGCAGUAGUUUGUGUCAGAGUGAAGAUGGUGCCACUCAGAAGUCGCCCCCGGGUGGUCUGACUGCUCAAACUGCACCAGCUUCUACAUUGCCAUCAGAUGUCUUUGAAGAUGACAACUCCUCUUCUGCCUCUGCAUCUCCCGAGCAACUCGGGAUGCACCAAUCUCCUGGCUUAUCAUCAUCACCUGGGCAAGGAGGUGACCAAUCGCUGAGUGAUGUGUCAUCUGUUGCUACGCCCAUCAGCCCAAACAGUGUACAGCAGUGCAGACUGGCGUUGCUCCCGGCAACUGAGUGCAUCAGCCAACCAAUGACCAUGACAGUAAUGGGGUCAAACUCCAUAUCAACAACUGGGAGAUCCAAAGGGUUGUAUGUGCCCUCCCAGACACCACCACUGCUGCCAAAGACAGCACAGCCUUCAGCUCCAUCUUCUCAUUCCAUUCUGGGUGGGUCCUUAACUUCAUCCCGCCCUCCACGGCCACGAAAGCCUCGUGAUUCAAAACCUAAAAUGAGGAAGUUGAAAUACCAUCAAUACAUUCCCCCAGAUCAAAGGACUGGGACUGGAAGCGGAGCUGGAAGUGCUUCACAAAAGCAAAAUAGCAGUCAGGCUCCAUCCACUGAUUCAUCUUACUCCAACCUCUUGCAACAACAGCAGGUGUACUUACAACUACAAAUUCUUAACCAGCAACAACAGCUACCUGUGACAAACAGUGAGAACCAUUCGAAGAUUUCUGGAACUACACCUCGAACUUCCCCUCAGUCUGGAACGCCAUCAACAAACCCCUCUACUCCUGAUACAAGUCCCACCCACCAGGCAGAGUUACUUCCCUUAAACCUUGAUGACUUAACGGUGUCAGUUCUUCGGCAGCAGUUGCGGAAACGUGGACUCCCAGUUUCUGGCACGAAGCCUGCACUAUUAGAGAGACUCCGUCCUUUCCAGAUGCCUCAUCCCCCAUUAACACCUGCGUCGCUUUGCCAGCUUGGGGCCACGCAGGAGCCCUCCCAACCUGCCAGCCUCAACCGAAUCCCUACCAGCUUAGACACCUCUGCCAACCCUGCUCCAGUGUACAUCAACCCUUCGGGUUUAGCAGAGCAAAGCUUAGGUAGUGAUAGUUACCACACUUCUCCUUCUUCUGCUGGCUCCAGCCCCACCUUACAUAGAUCCUCCCCUCCAAUGUCCUCUUGUUCUACAUGGAGGCCAGGCCAGGCAGUAGAUGAGCUAAGUGUGGAGCUGGAAAUGAGAGAGAGGAUGAGGAGCAGACCCAGAGAAGGAGCAAAGGACAAUCACCUGUGUGAAAGUUCCCUUCAUCCGUUCCUGCAACAGGAGCCAGGAUGCACCAGAGGGAAACCAGACACAGGUGGACAGGAACUGCUCUUUACGUACUGCACUGGUGAUGGAAAAGUGAACUGCUGCCAGCUUUGUGAUGCGAUUGGUCAAGACUUCGAUUUGCCAAUGCAAAUCACUGCCAGUCCAGCACAAGCAUCACCUACUGUCCGGAGUCUGGAAGAGGAACUACAGGAGGCCAUUCAAAGAGUGCAGAUGGACCCAAAUCAAUCCAUAGAUGACAUUUUGGAUGAGACUAUUGGUUGUUCAGAUAACUCUUUACUGAUCACAGAUGUCCAGUCAGCCACUAAUGUCCUUUCAGGCUCUUCCCCUGACCCACAGCCUGACCAAUCACAGUCCACCAAGCGCCAAAUAGAUGACAACUUCCUGUCCUCUCCUCUGUGCUCUUCGCUUCUUUUAGAGCUUCCUCCCUCACCUAACAAUGCUCCACCCCUCAGUUCAACCCCAGCUCCCCUUCCUCCUCCCCCCAUCUGCACCACUCCACCAUCUAGGUCAAUGUCCAGGAAAAGAAGGUCAGAGGUUUCUCCUUUUGACCCUGCUGAUUGGCUGGAGUCCUUGACCUCUGGCCUACACCCAUUGACCACCCCCAUCGCCCCAUUUCUAGAGAGCGAUUUUGGCCUUGACUCAGACCUGAACAUCAACAGAGUCCUCGACCUGAUGGUGGAGCAAUGGUGAGGAAGGGGACGUAGUGUGUGUCUGUAUGUGCGUAUGGCUAAUUGGAUGCAUGAUUGGAAAUUAAACACCUUUCAAAUCGUGUACUCUCGAGGGAAGACCCCUAAUCCUUUCAUUUGUUUCUCUGUUUUUGCAUCCAUUCAUCUCUGUCAACUAAUGUGACCAAACAGACCUGACUAGUGUUGACUGCUAACCUCUACUCCACGCAAUGUCGAGAGAAAGAGGGAAAUAGAAAAGGAGAUAUGCUUUGGUAACUCGUACAGAAAGAUCCACAAAGAGCAUGUGCACAUACGUCACACUUUCACAAUGACUUGUAUUUU